AUGUAUUAUUUUAAUAAGCUCUCGCUUUGCCCGUACAUUGCAGUAACAUCGGAUCGGCAGCCAAGCGAUGCCUUUCCUUCACCUCUCAAUGAUCGCAUAUUGUCCUUCUGGCGCAGUCGUGGUGUGGAAUUAAUUACAUGCUUGUAUCCUUCACAUAUAGACCUGGUGCGGAGUGAGGCAACGCUCUACAACUGUGUCACGAAGGAAAAAAAGGUGGUGCCAUACAAGCUGCUUCUGCUUGAUCUUCCUCUUGCUGCAUCUGACUUUAUUCGAAGUAGUGGACUGGGCGACGAGGCGGCGACGGCGGGGUUUGUGGAUGUGCACCCAGACACGCUGCAGCACUGUGUCCAUGCAAACGUAUUCACCCUUGGUGACUGCGCAGCCCUUCCAACGGUGAAGAGUUAUGGUGCGGCUUUUGCACAGGUGCCCGUUGUCAGUCACAAUGUUGGGCAGCUGCUGCACCACGUCGAUGAGACUAAGGAGGGAAAGACGGGUGCUGCGGAUGCGCAUGUGGUAUUUGCACGCUACGACGGAUAUUCUUCGUUCCACGUAGUCAUGACGACGUGGCGUGCCAUGUGGCCGGAGUUGAAGUACGGCAGGUCUCUGCAUGCGGGCGGGGAAGGCGGCUACCACACGCUGGAGAGUGCCCCAUUUGUAAUGACAAGCCAUCACCUAUGGGACAACCUGGCGUUGAUCGAUGUGCGGGGAUUUUUGAACGCGGCGUACCACCAGUUUUUCCUUUACGAGGUGAUGUUUUACCUUUUUUUUUACCCGGGCCGCGUGGUAUCCACCGAGCUGGUUCUCUGUGCCCACGUUUAG